UGUGUGUGAGGAAAGGAAGCACGAGGUCACAUGACAAUGGCAGGAAUACUUGAAUGGACUCCGGGCUGGAGGUGGUGAAAUAAUUAUAGCAAACAAUUACUGUCAGAUGGAAUAUUUAAAAGUAGACGAACAGAUAUAGUUGACAUGGAUAUCACAUUGACGGUCCGGAGUUGUCUUCCCCUGGGGGACCCUCAGGGAGAUUUUACACAGACGGUCUCUGAGGACAUGACGGUUGGGUCCUUUAUCAGGAAGGUCUGUCGGGAUGCAGGAAUAACCAUGCGAUCUUCGCUAAUACUGAAAAAUUCCAGUGAUAAAGAGUUACGCUGGUCGUCCACUCUACGAGAGGCUUACUUGAUGAGUGGAGCUGAGCUAACACUCCAUGAUAAUGAUGAUGAAGUUGAUCUCCAGACAAAGAUUAUGAACUGUAAUGUGUGGUUCUUUAUUGCGGUGGUGUGUCUCGUGGUGGGCAUCAUUGGACUGGUGGUCAUUAUCAUCUUACAUCACAAGGACCAAGAACCAGUUUACAGUUAUGGAGUUGUACUAGAUGCUGGUUCCUCUCACACUAAACUGUUUGUGUACAAGUGGAAUACCAAAUGUCACCAGCAGACUGCCUUAGCCAAUCAGAUUCAUUCCUGCAAAGUUCAAGGAGGAGGUAUAUCCAGUUAUGAAAAUGACCCUUCUGCACUGAGGUUACCCCUUGAGGUGUGUCUAAGGGAGGCUGAGGGCGCUGUUCCAGUUGACAAACUUGGUGGAACACCAGUGUUUCUAGGGGCAACAGCAGGGAUGAGACUUAUCCAUGCCGUAAACUGUUCAGUGUCUGAUGCCAUUAUGGAUGUGGUCCGUAGCACUAUUCAGUCUUCCAAGUUCCAGUUUACAAAUCCUAAGACACAGGCUCGCAUCCUGACGGGUGCUGAGGAGGGACUUUUCUCCUGGAUCACAGCUAAUUAUGUCUUGGGAAAGUUUGGUGUGAUACCACCUCCAGAGGUGUCCCAGUCUCGCCGUAGGAGAGAUUUAUCAGGAGCUGGGGAGGGGACUGUUGGGGCAUUAGACAUGGGAGGAGCAUCAACUCAAAUUACCUUCUACCCCGGCUCGUCAGCUCAAAUGCCAGAUAGUUUCACAGGAAAUGCUGUGCUUUAUGAAAAAAAUUACACUGUCUAUACCCAGAGUUACCUUUGCUAUGGCAUCAAUGAAAUCAAGCGGAAAUAUCAAGCAUUACUAGUCAAGAGCCAGAACUUCACUCAGGAUGUAGAUAAUCCCUGUGGACCCCAGGGAAGCACAAUAUAUGAACAUUAUUCUGAUAUUUUUGAGGCACCAUGCACAAGAGAUUCAUCGGAGAAACCUGUUAACAAGAAUACCAAUUUCACUCUUCAUGGUAGUGGCAAUGUUACAGAGUGUACAGUGACUGCACAUCAGUUGUUUGAUUUCAACCAAUCCUGUCCAUACAAAAGCUGUUCUUUUAAUGGAAUCUAUCAACCACCUGUUUAUGGACAGUUCUAUGCAUUUUCUAACUUUUACUAUGAGCUGAGCUUUCUGAAUCAGACAGAUUCCAACAGUCUGUCAGAAUUCCAAACAGCUCUGUCUGAUCUCUGUCACUUGACCUGGAAACAGUUAAAAGAGAAAUACCCCACCACUCUUCUUGAGUUUCUACCCUGGUACUGCUUUAGUGGGACUUAUAUACAGAUCUUAUUGACAGAGGCCUACAAGUUUGACAACAGUACUUGGAAGAAUCUGCAUUUUGUUGAUGAGCUGAAUGGUACGGAGAUUGGAUGGAGUCUGGGCUUCAUGAUUGACUCCAGUUCAGAUUUACCAACCACUAAGAGGGAGUACUAUAUGACGAAUCUCGCCUUCGCUCUAUUGACGACUCUCUUCAUCCUCUUUAUACUCAUCUCUGUGGGCUUCGCUUGUCAUGCUGUCAAAUUCCACCGUCAGAGACAGAGAGGAUUAAUCUACCACCAGGCCCCCAAAACAGACAGUUACGGAGCAAUACAAUAAAAGGCUACACUAAAAAAAUGAUAAGAAAGGUUAUGUGAUUAGAGAAGGUGGGAAUUAGACAGUUUCUGAGUCAGCAAUGGUUGUAUUAUUACCCGGUUUGCAAUUACAAUAAAUGUGUGUAUGUAUGUGGGUGUGUAUGUGCGUACAUGUGAUGGAUAUUGGUUGUAUUCUUACUAAAGAUAUUCUGUGAUAUUACUGUGUAUUUUCAACCCCCAUUAGCGGAUUUGGAUUUAUUUUUUCUGUUUUAAUUUGUGAAAUUAAAAACAGAUUUAUCUUGAUUGGAUACCAAAUGAUCAAGGACAAGAAAUAAAACAUUCAAAAUUA